AUGGUUCAAAAACCAGCAACUUAUCUGUCAGACGUUCCUCGAUGCUCUCAUCAUCGUUUCCAAGCCUCUAAAUCCACUCCAAGAGCACGCAAAGCUGGAUUCUCGUAUUGCCCCACUGCAUCUCCUCCAGAGACCCGCACAAUGAAGCUCUUCGGUCGACUUAUAACUUGGACAGUCGUCCUCAAAACUUGUACAUGUGCUCUCUUACCGGAUGUUCGCCGAAGUUCUUUGAUGGCGGACACAUUCAGCAACCCAGUCCUUUGGGAAGACUAUCCUGACCUUGACGUUCUUCGCGUUGGCGAUGUUUUCUAUUACUCCUCGUCUACCUUUGCCUUUUCUCCUGGCGCUCCGGUGUUGAAGUCAUACGACCUUGUGAAUUGGACUCCAGUCACCCACAGCGUGCCAAGGCUUGACUUUGGCAGCAAAUACGAUCUUACCAGCUCUACCAACCGAGCAUAUGUCAAGGGCAUAUGGGCUAGUAGUCUCAACUACCGAAAGACCGACGAUUCAUUUUACUGGAUUGGUUGCAUAGAUGGUGGCAGCUCCUAUAUUUACAAGACUGGUAAAACCGGCGCCAGUCAAGCUGGUGGUGAAGUGGCGCAGUGGAAGUGGGCGCAGUCUUCGAUUCUUCCGAAGUGUUAUUAUGAUUGCGGCCUUUUCUUUGAUGACGACGACACUGUCUAUGUUGCAUAUGGAAAAACAAACAUCAUGGUCGCACAAUUGAGCAAAGACGGCAAGUCUGAGGUCAAAUCACAGCAGGUCUACGUCUCCCCGGAUCAAACUUACAUCGAAGGCAGCCGGAUGUAUAAGAUCAAUGGCACGUACUAUAUAUUCGUUACUAAACCCGCAAGUGCCGAGUGGGUGCUGAAGUCAAAGAGUCCAUGGGGUCCUUAUGAAAUGAGGAUACUUGUGGAUAGCAUCUCCGGGCCACUUCCAAAUGCCGGCUUCAGCCACCAAGGAGGCAUCGUCAACACGAAAGAUAAUAAAUGGUACUAUGUCGCUUUCAUGGAUUCAUUUCCAGGGGGUAGAAUCCCGGUCGCAGCUCCUUUGACUUGGACCUCCGAUGGCUGGCCAGAACUGGUCAAGGACGGCUCUGCUUGGGGUAAAACAUACCCUAUUCCGGUCCAGACAAGCAAAACGGUACCACCGCCAGUAGGAACAGAUAACUUCAUCGGAACUACACUGAGCCAUGAAUGGGAAUGGAACCACAACCCUGAAGACACGAAGUGGAAGCUUCGCGGAGGAUCCGGAGGUUUGGAUCUCCAGACCGUGACCGUAACGACUGACUUAUUCAAUGCACGAAACACCCUGACUCAUCGUAUCAUUGGUCCCAAGUCCCACGGUACAUUCAAGAUUGACAUCACCCAAAUGAAAGAUGGUGAUCGUGCCGGGGCUGCUCUGUUCCGCGAUCAAGCUGCCUACAUUGGCAUACACAAGGAAUCGUCAGCCUCUAAACUGGUGAUGGUGAACGCACUGAGCUUGGAUGCAAACUGGGCCACCAAUUCUACUGGUGUAGUUGCCGCAACUGGACCCAGUUUGCCUACGGGGACCAAAAGUCUUUGGCUCCGCGUUCAAGCAGACAUCACUCCGGCAUUUUCUGGUACAACUGUGCAGAGGACAUCGACAUUCUGGUACAGCACGGAUGGCUCAAAUUUCGCACAGCUUGGGCCGGCAUUCAAGAUGACCAAUGCAUGGCAGUUCUUUACAGGCUAUCGUUAUGCCGUUUUCAAUCAUGCGACAAAGUCUCUUGGGGGUCAAAUAACAGUCGAAAGUUUCACGAUGCAACAGGCGAUUCCGAAGGUAGCGUAA